GCUCACCCUACCCCCCACAUUGCUAGCAUCAAUUUGACUUCGUCCUGAAAAGCUUUAGUUUCUAGAUAUUGUAAGAAUGGUAAUAGAGUCUCAAAGUUUGCUCACGAUGGCGCAGCCUACUGCUGACUACAAACGUAUCAUAAGCGGCUUUCUCGUCUCUUUAGUCCUGUACUGGUCAUGCGUCGUUGUCUAUCGCGUCUUCUUCUCCGGGCUUGCUAAGUUCCCCGGACCCAGACUUGCAGCCGCGACCUCAUGGUAUGAAGCUUUCUUCGACCUCUACGGCGCCAAAUUCCCCGAUGUUCUAGAGAAGCUUCACGAUGAAUACGGUCCCAUUGUCCGCAUUAAUCCUUGGGAGCUUUCGAUUCGAGACCCCGACUUCUAUAACGAGGUAUAUGUCUCUGCCGGCAAGCGACGGACGAACCUGAUAUCAAGUCGUGGGGGACUCGGAAUGUCAGACGCUAUUUCCACAACAUGCAUCCAUGAGCUUCACCAGUUGAGAAGAAAAGCGGUAGAAAACUUCUUUUCGAGACAGAGUGUGAGCCGAAUGGAGUCUAGGAUCCACGACGAAACAAGAAGUCUAGAUGACAAGUUGCGUCUCAUCGCAACAACGGACACAGUAGUACAGCUUGACCACGCAUUUACGUGUGUCACCGGAGAUCUCGCGGCGCUAUUCGCUUGUGGUGAGAAUCCUAGGCUCCUCGAGUCACCAAAUUUCAACCCAGAAUGGAAUGAGAAUAUAACGGGUAUUCUGACCAUGGUGCCAUACGUGCGACAUUUACCGUGGAUCAACAGUAUCCUUGAAAUGGUCCCAAUAUCCCUUCUACAGAAGUUCAAUUCCCGAAUUGCUGGGUUCAGGAUGUUUCAUGUGCUGUGUAAUCGGCGGGUAGAGGAAGUGAAGUUUGACAUUGCCAACAAGCGUGAGCUUGAGUCGGACAAAACAUCGAUAUUUCACCACAUCCUCCAAAGCAGUUUACCUGAUUCGGAGAAAGACUCGGGUCGCUUGCAAAGAGAGGCAUUCGCGCUUUGGGCCGCAGGAACAAUUACAACAGCCAGCACACUCUCUAUCAUAACUUACUACAUUCUUGCAGAUCCAUUAAUUGAAAAACGACUUCAGGAAGAGCUGAAAGGCGUUACAGACAGGUUUCCUCAAGAACUCCCCCAAUGGGCGGACCUUGAGAAAGUCCCGUAUCUAGUAGCUUGCAUUAAGGAGGGAUUACGACUCAGCCGCUUCUUCAGACGUAGUCCACGAAUUUCGCCAGACUACGACCUGCAUUACAAGCAGUGGAUUAUUCCAAAGAAUACGCCUGUCGGGAUGUCUGUCUUCCAGAUGCACAUGGAUCCAGAGACCUAUCCCGAGCCCUAUAAGUUCAUACCUGAGCGGUGGAUCGGGGACGUUGACCCUCGUGUUAAUCGGAAUUUCGUGCCUUUCGUUAAAGGAUCACGGAACUGCUUAGGGAUGAACCUAGCAUGGGCAGAAAUGUUCAUUGUACUCGGUGUCCUCUUCCGGCCCGGUGGCCACCAGAUGAGUUUGGAAUGCGAUGAAUCGGAUAUUGUUCUUGUCCGCGACAGCGACGUUGGGAUUCCAAAACCCAGUAGCAGAGGGCUCAAGGUUCGUUUUGGGUAAGCCGGAGCCGUAAAUCGAGAUAACACUGUGUCAGCGCAGGUAGACAGAGCUUCUAUGUCCUUCUUUUCCUAUAUGCUAGGUGCCUAGGUACAUGUACUGAGGUAGUUAACAUGGACAACACUUUGCGCCCAGGCAACAGUCUGUCAC